CAGCGCCAGCCAGGCAGUAACAUCGAGCGUAAGAACUUGAGAACACGGUCCGCGUGUGAUACGACUCAGUUCGCGUUUGAUAUGAAGCGACCGCCGCUUUAUCCAAACUGUAUUCAGUGAAAUAAUGUAAAACAAUCCAAGAAUCAAGCUGCAUUACGGCGCCAAGUCGCCACACAUCGCGUCUUCGUACACGCCAGCCGGCCGGCGCGACGCGGCCACAAAAAAAGACUCAAAAUCUCGAUGUCAGUGCCCGUCAGGAUCCCAGUGCCAGUGUAGUGUAGUUUUAAAAUAGUUAAAUGGAUAAACAGCGUGCAAUGUUCGUAUGAGGAAGAAAGGAAACAGGAACAUUGUAAGUGGAGCGUGCGUUAUUUCUGUUGUGUAUGAGCAGAAAUGCGGGGUAGCUCGCCCCGAUACCCGGAGGUUUUAGCAUACGAGUGGGGCGCCCGCCGCUGAUCGAACCACGGAGAUGUCGGUGGGGCUGCAACGGCGCGUGCCGGCCCUGGACGAGGGCGCGGGCGGGGUGCCGGCGGCAUGGAAGAGCGGCAACAGCGACGCACCCUUCCCCUCCUUCGCGCCCCCCGCGGGAUCCCCGGCGGGGCCCGCGUUCGCGGCAUCGCCCGCGCCGUCCACGCCGGGCCCCGGCCCCGGUUUCGCCGGCCCGCCGUACGCGGCCCCAGGCCCGUUCGGGAGCCCCUCCGCGCGCCCCGGGUCGGGCGGCGGCUUCCCCCCCGGCCCGCCGCCGCCCCAGCAGGGCCACUUCCCAGGGCCCGGCUUCGCGCCGCCAGGGUCUCCGUUCCACCCCCACCCGCCACAUCCGCCUAUGCCGCCGCAUCCACACAUGAUGGCGCCGUUGCCACCCCCUGUUGACAGGCGGCACGCGCCAUACUUCGGCCAGCCAGAUUACAGAGUAUAUGAACUCAACAAACGGUUACAACAAAGGACAGAGGAGUCCGACAAUCUAUGGUGGGACGCGUUCGCGACAGAAUUCUUCGAGGACGACGCGACGUUGACACUCACAUUUUGUUUAGAAGAUGGACCUAAAAGAUACACGAUAGGGAGGACGCUGAUACCGCGCUACUUCCGCAGCAUAUACGAGGGCGGCGUGUCUGAGUUGUAUUACACGAUGCGACAGCCCAAGGAGUCGUUUCACAACACAAGCAUCACCCUGGACUGUGACCACUGUACCAUGGUCACGCAUCACGGCAAGCCGAUGUUCACAAAGGUGUGCACAGAGGGCAGGCUGAUACUGGAGUUCACGUUCGACGACCUGAUGCGGAUCAAGUCCUGGCACAUGGCGGUGCGCGCCCACCGCGAGCUGAUCCCGCGGCAGGCGGUGCACCCGCCCGACCACGCCGCGCUCGACCAGCUCUCGAAGAACAUCACCCGGCAGGGGAUCACCAACUCCACUUUAAAUUAUCUUAGGUUAUGCGUGAUCUUAGAACCUAUGCAGGAACUGAUGUCGAGGCACAAGGCGUACGCGCUCUCGCCUCGGGACUGCCUCAAGACCACGCUCUUCCAAAAGUGGCAGCGGAUGGUGGCGCCUCCUGAGUCGCAAAGGCCGGCCAGCAAGCGUCGCAAGCGCAAGGGCAGCGCAGGCGCAAACGCAGCGCCGCCCGCGCCCGCCAAGAAACGAUCGCCCGGACCAAAUUUCAGCCUCGCCUCACAGGACGUGAUGGUAGUAGGCGAGCCGUCGCUAAUGGGCGGCGAGUUCGGCGACGAGGACGAGCGGCUGAUCACGCGGCUCGAGAACACGCAGUACGAGGGCGACGGCGUGGAGUGGAGCGCCCCGCCGCCCGCGUCCCCCGCCAAGACGCCGCCCGGCCCGCACUGACGAACCCCCUGCGCCGGCGCGCUGCCCUGGUACUUGGCGGAUAUACAUAAAUAAAUAUAGGCCGACACGGAUAAAUUAUAAUAAUGAUAAUAAU